AUGCCUGUACCCGCAAGUGCCAUGCCCGCUGGUGCCCAUGGCCCUUCUACCUUUGACAAGCGUACUUUAAUCCAUUCCAUUCGUUUGCCUGAAAUACUGACCAGUUUACANGUCAAGAUGGGCGCCAUGAUGGGCAGCAGUGUCGGCCUCAUCAUAGGCUUCAUCUUUGGCGCAACCAACAUCAUUAGAUUCGGUCCUGGUCCCAAUGGCAUGCUCAGAACCCUGGGCCAGUACAUGGCUGGUUCUGCCGCCACCUUUGGGUACGCUGCUCGAGUCCCUAUGCAGGGUACCUCGCCCAUUGUCAACCAGGCCUACGCCAACGCCUACCGCAAGCCUUUCAUCUUGCCGAGACAGCACGCCGCACGCUCAUAG